UUUGUGUGUUCUAAUAUAGACUGGUUUAGAAGAACCUGGAGAAUAAUCACGUUAAAUUCAGCCCCAGUGUUUAUGAGAUCAUUCAUUUGUCUUCUUUCUGUGGGUUUAUUAUUUUUGACCAUCAUUUACACUGUGUGUCCCAUCUUUUUUGGCGUUGUGCUUACAGAGGUCUCCCAGUGAGAGGUCAUGUGAUCGUUAUGAGUCAGUAGGCUAUUAAUAGCCGUGGCUGGUUUUAGCCCUCUAAUGAGGGCAGUGAUUGAUAAUUAGCCCCUCUGCCUCUUCAGGAUAAUCAUGAUGUCGCCGGAUGACCCAGCCCUCCAGGACCUGUUGUAUGCCAGUGACCUUGGUGACCAGGUGGAGGAGGCGGAGCUUAACGCAGACUCUGGGGUUUCCGAGGCAACGGCUGCAGACGCCUCUCCAGCUGCUCAGGGCUGCGCUCCAGAAACGCUUCCACUGACUGAAGCUGCACGCCGUUGGUCGGAGCAAACCCCAGAAGGCCGUGCGGAUGGAACUCCGGCAGCCGUGUCUUUCCAGGAGACGAUGGCGUGCUCCGGCUGUGGCGAGCAGGUGUCUGACCGUAUCUUCCUAUUGGCUGCGGGCGGGGUGUGGCACAGCGCCUGCCUUCGCUGCUGCCAGUGCCAGUGUGAGCUGCAGACGCACCCGUCUCUGUACUGGAGGGACGGGAACAUCUACUGCCUCCAGGACUACUGCAGGAUGUUUGGAGGCGGUCAGUGCGCUCGCUGCUUUCAGCCAAUCCCAGCGUCCGCUUUGGUCAUGAGGUCUGGUGAUCUCACUUUUCAUCCUCACUGCUUCUCCUGCCAGGAUUGUGAUUUAAAGCUGAUGCCAGGGAACCUUUACUGCAUGCAGGGACAGAACAUCUACUGUCAGUCUCAUUACCAUGACAACGGCAGCUUCACGCUAACACACGACCUUCAACCAGAACCAAACACCAGAGACGUUCAAAAUCAGGCCUCAGGUGAAGGGGAGGAGUCUGUCAGCAAUCCUGAGCCACGAUUGGAUGACAGAGGGGCAGGUGGGCGGAGCUACAGGAGGACCAAACGGAUGAGGACUUGCUUCCGGAGCGAGCAGCUCAGAGCCCUGGAGAUGUACUUUGCUCAGAAACAAAACCCCGACGGGAAAGACUGGACCUGCCUCGCUCAUAGAACCGGUCUGCCAAAGAGAGUCCUGCAGGUGUGGUUCCAAAACGCUCGGGCCAAACUCAGACGCUCCCUCUCCUCCGAGGACUCCCAGGUGAACUCGCCCUCUGCUCUCCAAAGACCCGUAACCAUGCCAACCAGGUCCCCGCCCCCAAACUGCUCCACACUGGACCAAUCCGGUUCCUUCCCCACCAGCACCAUCGACCAUCUUCAGCUGUCUCUGCUCACCUCCCCGCUCAACGACUCGCCACCUUUCAACCUCCGCGACUUCUACCUGGACUGCCUCUCCCAGAAUGCACCAGGGUGUGUCUCCUCUCUGGAGGACUUUGGAGAGGAGGGAGGGGCAGAGGGAGAGGUUGAUGCUGAUAAUAACUUUAGACCACAUUACUGCUAGGGUCGGGUAACGCGAGGCGAAAGUAAUAACGCCAUAGCUGAACAGUGAUAAAAACAAAAACACAUGAGAACAAAAUUAUUACCCUCCCCCUUAAAAGAGUGGGUUUUUAAUAUUUGUAAAGACGUGAGAAACAGCACAGAAUUCUGAACAGCUUUUCUAAACAUCGACUUUCAUUGUGGAUUCUAACAUUAUUUUAAUGGGGGUCAUCAUGUAGACCCUGGUAGUCCUAAAGGGGGUCCUCAUGUAGACCCAGGUAGUCCUAAAGGGGGUCCUCAUGUAGACCCUGGUAGUCCUAAAGGGGGUCCUCAUGUAGACCCAGGUAGUCCUAAAGGGGGUCCUCAUGUAGACCCAGGUAGUCCUAAAGGGGGUCCUCAUGUAGACCCUGGUAGUCCUAAAGGGGGUCCUCAUGUAGACCCUGGUAGUCCUAAAGGGGGUCCUCAUGUAGACCCAGGUAGUCCUAAAGGGGGUCCUCAUGUAGACCCUGGUAGUCCUAAAGGGGGUCCUCAUGUAGACCCAGGUAGUCCUAAAGGGGGUCAUCAUGUAGACCCUGGUAGUCCUAAAGGGG